UUUGCUUUGCCCAUAACCAUGCGCUGUGUGUUUCGCGACUGCUCCGAGCUCGUGCUCCCCAACUCGCACAAGUGUGCAUUUCACAAGAACCGCCGCCUCUGCUCGGUCAUUGGCUGUGAAAACCAAGUCUACGCCCGCAAGCUCUGCGUCAAGCACGGCGCCCGCAAGCGCUGCUCGUUCCCGAAAUGCCGCGCCUUCACACAAGGCCAUGCCGCGUGUCCCGACCACCACGUUUUGCGGUCCUCCAAGGCUUCGUCGCCGCCGGCAGCGUUUUCAUACAGUCCGAGCAGCGUCGCUAUGUACCACCACCACGCACCAAUGGUCGCCUCGACACCAUUUGCGCUCGAGGUGCGUAAAGAAAACUUCGAUGCGGAUGUCUUUGCGUGCACGCCGCAGUGGAUUGAUGCGAUUGAUCUUGCCUGGCUUGAAGCCAUCUAACGACUCGGCUAUAUAAUUUAUUCGUACUCUGUUUAAAAUUCUAUACUGGAGCGUAUGCAACG